CACUUUCUGGCUGACUGAGCUGCUACAACUCACCGCAGACUGGACCAAUCAGCUGGCUACUCCCGUGUCUCCCUGCCUCUUAAUUGGCUGCCUCUCCUAGAGAAGGGCUACUGAUACAAACAGCCAGCCGGUUUUAUCACAGAGAGAGAGAACAGGAGCCAGAGAGAGAGAGGCAAGGUUCUGAGUGGGAGAUAGCAGGCAGUGAGAGAGAGAGAGAACAAGAGAGUGUAGUCUGUAAAGCAGUGCAGCUCAUUCUCCCCUUCUUCUUCUUCUGUGCUGAAUCCUCCCAGGCUGACAAAAUGAACCACAGCUUGACUGAACCGGCGGAGACCAUCGAGCCCCUGCGCUAUCUCAGUAAAGUGGAGACAGCAGCCAUUGAGACAGAGCUGCUGAGGGACUACAGGUUUGGCCAACAGCAGCUCAUAGAGAUCUGGGGGCACGCCUGUGCCAUUGCCAUCACCAAGGCCUUUCCUCUGACCUCCCUGGCUAAGAAGCAGCCGACAGUGUUGGUGGUCUGUGGUCCUGACCAGAAUGGCUCCAUCGGCCUGGUGUGUGCCCGCCACCUGCGCAUAUUUGAGUACGAGCCCACCAUCUACUAUCCCAAACGCACUCCUAACACCAUUCAUCAGGACUUCACAGUUCAGUGUGAGAAGAUGGACAUCCCAUUCCUCUCCUAUCUCCCAACAGAGGUGCAGCUGAUCAACGAUGCCUAUAACCUGGUGAUCGAUGCCAUCCUCGGGCCAGAGACUGACCACACAGACGUGAAGGAGCCCUAUGCUGGCAUCCUAGUCACCCUCAAGCAGGUCAAGAUCCCCAUCGCCAGUGUGGACAUGCCCUCAGGUUGGGAUGUGGACCAGGUGACCUCAGAUGGGAUCAAUCCUGACGUCCUCAUCUCGCUCACGGCACCAAAGAAGUGCGCCACCAGUUUCUCGGGGAAGCACUUCUUAGCAGGACGCUUCCUGCCUUAUGACAUCCAGAAGAAAUACGAUCUGAACCUGCCAGAAUACCCAGGCACAGACUGUCUUAUAGAACUGUAACAUCUACAGUACACCCUCCUGUCCUAAUUUUGGAUAAAUAUGGAUAAUAUAUUUACAUGUUUUGUAUUUUAUAGAUUGUUACUGUGCUUUAUUGUUCAUGUGCCAUCUCUCCAAUUGGUGUAUACUAAAGGAGGUUGCGCCUUAGCCAGAAUCCACUCAAGUACAAUAGAAAGAUGAAUCUGUGGUUGGUCUGAGUUGUAUGUCUGUUUUGGAAAUGGUUUGAGGAGUUUCCAUGUGAGUUUCCAUGUGAGUUUCCAUGUGAGUUGUGACAUUCUCCUUUUUGUGAUUUCUUCUUAGCAAAGUUCCAAGAUGUUCUUUCUCCCUCAGUAAAAACUGAUGAAUGCAACAGGUAUUAUGUACCCUAGACUUAACUGCUAUUUUUGUUAUGUAUUGUUAUGUUUUGAGUUUUUUUUUCUUAUUGAAGAAUGCUUGGUUUUUUGGUUAUAGAACUGUACCUUCCAUCAGCUGUUGUUUUUAUUUUUUAUUUUAUUCAGUCUACACUACUGCAUUUCCUUAGUCCAAGUAACACCUGUUCAUUGAUUGGCAGUUGUAGAGUUAACUCUUUGUCCAAUAAAAUAUAUAAUUUA